CAGUAGGUCGUGAGAGACAUCAACCUCCUAUCACCAUCAUGCCAAGCCGACUUGAAGGUGCUAUGGACACGCUUAUAACAGUUUUCUACAACUACUCUGGGAACGAUGGAGACAAAUACAAGCUCAACAAGGGAGAGCUAAAACAACUAUUGAACAGUGAACUCACUGACUUCCUCACGGUAAAGAAGCUGUCUAAUAUCCAUAAUUGAUCAUUUUCAAUAUAGUUUUACAUUAUUUUGGUAUCUCUUCACUUGAUCAUGUUUAACAGUUGAAUGGCCCCUAAUGGGUAUAUUUCUGAGGACCUUACAUGAAUGGGCUUAGGAACAAAUAUUUGACCUCUUGUGACACUAUUUCACUGUUGUUUUUGUGAAACUGUAAAACACAGUGGCGUGAAUAGAAAAAAAACAGACUGUAUAAGUUAUAUUCUUAUUAUUGUUUUUAUUUGGCACCACAUAGUAAGAAGUGUCACAAGGUAUUGCCCUCUCCUCCUCAAUCAGUGACAUGUUUUUGAAUAGAUGUUGCACAUUAGCUGUGUGCUGAACCUCAAAUAACAUGUUGUCUGUAAUUAGAAACAUCCUUGUGACAGUUAAAGUGGUGGAGGCCACACAUUUAGAUGAAAUAAUAACAGCACAUCACAUCCGGCUGUCGUUAUGUGAACAACAUGUUAAUGAUUGGAAAUGCUUUGGUUUAGUGGAGCGUGACCUUUUCAACUUGUUUUCGUUCCUUCCAUUGAUUUCAUGGUGAUCAGCAGGGAUGAUUAUGCUCUACUCAUGGAUAUGUUGGGGUGCUUCUUAAUGCUACUUGAUUACCCAUUGAGACUUGAAAGAUGAAUAAGACAACUAAGUGUGUAUUGAAUUUGCAAAUGUCCAGCAUUUAAAAACACACCGACUCAACUCAGUAUUGUACAAAUUCAUGUCGUCUGUUAUGUUAAUUUUGUUCCAAUUAUAGACCUACAACACACAAUUCACAUGAUUCUCAAAGACGUGAAGCGUGGCAAUUUAGUUUUUCUGUUCUUCAAUAUACCUCAGUGGCUACAGAUAUAGGAUCUUAAUUUGAUCACUCUUUUGUUGCUGAGAAUGUUCCUGCACAGCAGGAAAUGCAAACUUGUAGUGUGUUCAAGGUUUAAAAAGGCUUCUAAAGUUUGUCAUUUCCAUUUUAAAAUGUCAGACUUGAGUUGCCCUAAUGAAAAAUUUAUCAACCCCUACAAAAUAUAUCCAUGAAUUAUAAUCCACAUGAUAAUUCACAUUUCCUGAUGCUGCUGGAAUAUUUUCCUGCUGUAACAAACUGGUUCAAAUUAAGAUCCUAGUCCUACAUCUACAGGAAGCAUACAAUUAGAACAUUGUUGAUUAAGAGAAUGGUAGAGUUAUCCAAAAAGGAAAGCAAGAAGGAAACACUAUUGUAAAGGGCAACUACAUUAUGUUGGAUUAGUUUCCGUGCUGUGAAGUUUUGAUUUCUGGUUUAGUUGAGUAUAACUUCAGAGGAAGGCCCUAAAAAUUGCCAAAGACUCCAGCCACCUUAGUCAUUGACUGUUCUCUCUGCUACCACACGGCAAGCAGUACCAGAGCGUCAAGUCUAGGUCCAAAAGGCUUCUUAACAGCUUCCACCCCAAAGCCAUAAGACUGCUGAACAGCUUAUCAAAUGGCUACCCGGAAUAUUUGCAUUGAUCAUCACUCAAUCAAACAGACUCCAACCUCUCCACAAUGGCCAAGACCAGAGAGCUGUGUAAGGACAUCAGGGAUAAAAUUGUAGACCUGCACAAGGCUGGGAUGGGCUACAGGACAAUAGGCAAGCAGCUUGGUGAGAAGGCAACAACUGUUGGCGAAUUAUUAGAAAAUUGAAGAAGUUCAAGAUGACGGUCAAUCAUCCUCGGUCUGGGGCUCCAUGCAAGAUCUCACCUCGUGGGGAAUCAAUGAUCAUGAGGAAGGUGAGGGAUCAGCCCAGAACUACACGGCAGGACCUGGUCAAUGACCUGAAGAGAGCUGGGACCGCAGUCUCAAAGAAAACCAUCAGUAACACACUACGCCGUCAUGGAUUAAAAUCCUGCAGCGCACGCAAGGUCCCCCUGCUCAAGCCAGCGCAUGUCCAGGCCCGUCUGAAGUUUGCCAAUGACCAUCUGGAUGAUCCAGAGGAGGAAUGGGAGAAGGUCAUGUGGUCUGAUGAGACAAAAAUUUGAUUUGAUUUGAUUUUGUUACUUUGUGAAAGCAGGCUAGAUAGCAGAUCCUCUCCACUGCCCUCUGUCAGUGAGGGGUUGAAGAGACAAAUCUCUCCUCCUUCAUUUUUUUUCUCUCUCCCCCUCUAUUCCCUCACGUUUUCUCUCUACCUCUCCUCCCUCACUCUGAUGGAAGGAAGCCUCAGGUAACUACGCAUCAUCAGCAUUGGCCCACAUCACCUCCAAAUCUAGACUUAGACUACUCCCUUCUGAUGUCACUAGUCUCCACCCACCGACAUACCUCUGACAAGUAUAGAGACGGUGUCCUGGUCCCAGUCUUGUACACAUUCAGGACGCGUCACAAAUGGCGUCCUAUUCCCUACAAACUACUUGUCAAAAGUAGUGCACUAUGUAGUGAAUAUGUUGCUAUUUUGGGAUGCAGACUCAUACUGUACUGUAGCUUCAUAUCCUAGGGUAAACUUUGAGCUAAUUAGUGCUAAAAAAUUAAUAACAAUCGUAAGCUAUCACUGAGAAAUUCUGUAAUUGAUCAAUCACACUAUAUGCUGAGGCGAUAGAUACUGCUUACUGUUGAAUUAGAUCUAACGUUGUUACCUUGGGCCAAAUAGUAACUUUUCACGUAAAUGUCAAUGAAGAUUUGCAUAUAUCCAAUCAAACUAUCAAAUCAGGAUAUGGCCCCCUUGAGCUGAGUGUGUGUGUGUGUGUUACAUACCUCCAUUAGCUACAUAUCACCACAGCCUGAAGUCACCACAGGGCUCUGUAUCCCAAACUGGCUUGGCUUGACUGAAAGAAGCCAUCCAACGGUCACCAUCUCACACACACAGGCACACACACACACACACACACACACAGUGUAUACACACACACACACACACACACACACACACACACACACCUCUGAUGGUUCUCAGCUCAUGUGUCAUUGAUUACUACCACCGUCACUCUAGCUUCCAGUGGACAUUGGCUGUGUGGUGAGGUGCUGUGCUGUGCCCAGUCAGUGCCUUAGGUGGUCUAAUAUGCUGGAUGGAGCUCCAGCACCAUGAAUCCAAUGACUCAGAGCCUGAGGCAUCUCUUCUCAGAUCACCAUCUCAGAUCUCUGGCUGGUAGAUUGACACAGGGCCUAAUUGCAGUCUGCUGCCGGGGGAAACUUAUUUAUUGGCCAGGCAGCUGAAUCCAGACCGGUCAAUAGGCGACAUGAGACCUAUCAAGAUUCAGGACGGUCCAUUUCCUGGUAGUGUUGUGUAGAGUAGUAGAGUGAGUCAGAGGCCUGUAAGUGUCCCUACGUGACCUGGAAUACGCCCAGGGGAACAGAGCACUAGAGCUCCAGUCUGGAAGAUUUGCAGCUGUUCAACAGUUGUUUCAAUUAUGAGAUAUGCCUAUAUCUUUGUAAACAUUUUAUAGACUCAAAGCGAUGUUGAUCUCAUGGACUGUCAGUCCUUGCAUCCAUAGCUGUGCCAAUGAAGUUGAGAGUGGUUACAUUCUGCCAGCCCCAUCCCUUAAAUGAUCAAAUUUACUUAAUCAGGUUUUGAAAUUAGUGAUUGGUGGAUAGAUCUUUGAUUGAUUGAUUCAUUGUUCUUUCUUUUCAUUUCCAGUCUCAGAAAGACCCCAUGAUGGUGGAGAAGAUCAUGAAUGACCUGGACUCCAACAAAGACAACGAGGUGGACUUCAAUGAGUUUGUGGUUCUGGUGGCGGCCCUGACCGUAGCCUGCAAUGACUUCUUCCAGGAGCAGCAGAAGAAGAAAGCCAACUAAGGGUUGAGUCCGAAAUGGCUUCCUAUUGCUAUGACCGGUCUAUAAAGGGUUCUGUCUAAAAGUAGUGCAUUGCAUAUGGAAUAGGGAGGCAUUUCAGAUCGGCCCGUGGAUAGUAAUAGAAUUAGAAACCAACCACACCCAUCAUGCUGAACACUGAUUUACAUUAUGGUUUCAGUGCUACUAAAACCACUACACUAAAUAUGUUGUUGUUUUUUGCAUCAGGAAUGUUAACAGCAGAAGUACACUAGACUAAAGUAGAAAUCUCCAUUAACAUACUCUUGCUAGAUAUAGGAUACUUCUGUGCCUCUGACGCGUCAAAACAGAUUAUUCCAAACAGAUGUUAACGUGUUGUCACACUAGCCUAAGUGCCAGACUGUUUCUGUUCUCAACAACACUUCUUGCCAGAGAAGAUAACCAUAAAAGAUCUGGCUAGACCAAAACAAACAAUCAUUUUCCUCUGAUGUCAGAAUAACUGCCUGCUUGGUUAGUUGAUUGAUUGAUUCUGUCAUUCAUCCAACGGUUGGUUCAUAGAUUUUUGUAAUGUAUUGUAACUAUGAAUUUGUCACAUCAUGCAAAGAGGGAGUGAGGGGGGAUGAUGUCCUGUAAAUCAGAAAUGUACUUGAGAAUGUUCCUGUCAUUGUAGAAUGAACUAUGUGUCACGUAAUGAGACAUUUAAAUCAAAUGUUACAGUUGCAUGAGCGUGUUUCUUAUUCAUUAUGAAAUUAUUAAUUUGCCAUCACAUGUAAAUGAUUAUGACAGCAUGAUAUUGUCAAGCAAAAUUAUUAGCUUGACAAAUGUGUUUAUUCAUUGUGACAGUAACACAGCAUGAUAAAGUUCUGAUACUCAAUACCUUGAGUGUGUGUGUGUUUUAGAGUUUAUGUUAGUGUGUGC